UGGAUGAAAAUGGAUAGGAAGAUGAACAUGUUUACAUAUUCAAGAUGAGAUAGCGAGACACUAAAAAAUUCGCUUCGUUGUAUCAUCACCGAUGGUUCCUUUAAUGAUAAUUUUGUUUUACAAUGGACCAAAGUUAGGGACAUUCACCAUGCAGAUAACGUGGUAAUUGGCUAAAAUAUGAGUAGUGGUGUCAGUUCCCCCAACAUUAGCAUAGUUCCAGGCUCGCCAAAACCGUACGACUACCUGCUCAAGUUUCUCUUGGUUGGAGACAGUGAUGUCGGGAAGGAAGAGCUGCUUGGGGGAAUGGAUGAUGGAGCUACAGAGUCUCCAUACGGAUUCUCUAGUUGUGGUAUCGAUUACAAAACUACAACCAUAUUAUUGGAUGGAAGGCGUGUGAAGUUACAGUUAUGGGACACUUCAGGCCAAGGACGAUUCUGCACCAUAUUCAGGUCUUACUCCAGAGGAGCCCAGGGCAUUCUGCUGGUUUAUGACAUUACCAAUAAGUGGUCAUUUGAUGGCAUUGACCGUUGGAUCAAGGAAAUUGACCAGCAUGCACCCGGUGUUCCCAAGAUUUUAGUUGGCAACCGUCUCCACCUUGCAUUCAAACGACAAGAAAGUCUAGGAGAAGAAAUAUUGAGACUUUCGACAGAUGAAAUAGUCACAAGAACAAAGCUAUUAGAAAAUGAAAUUAAAAUUAUGAAAAGUGAAAUUCUCCGCAUCAACCAUGACUUAACAGCGACCAAAGAAAAGAUAAAAGAAAAUACAGAGAAAAUCAAAGUCAACAAGACUCUGCCUUAUUUAGUUUCCAAUGUCAUAGAGUUACUUGACAUGGAUCCUCAAGAGACUGGUGAGGAGGAUGGGGCCAACAUUGAUCUGGAUGCACAGAGAAAGGGCAAGUGUGCUGUGAUCAAAACUUCUACUCGACAGACCUAUUUUCUACCUGUCAUAGGCCUGGUGGAUCCUGAGAAAUUAAAUCCUGGUGACUUGGUGGGUGUCAACAAAGACUCAUACUUAGUACUUGAGACCCUUCCUCAGGAAUUUGACUCUCGUGUAAAGGCUAUGGAAGUAGACGAGAGACCAACAGAGCAGUACUCAGAUAUUGGUGGACUGGACAAACAGAUACAAGAAUUAAUAGAAGCUGUAGUUUUGCCAAUGACUCACAGAGAACGAUUUGAAGCCCUUGGUGUACAGCCACCCAAAGGUGUGUUGUUGUAUGGUGCCCCUGGUACAGGUAAGACAUUGCUGGCCAGAGCAUGUGCUGCACAAACUAAGUCCACCUUCUUGAAGCUAGCUGGACCGCAGUUGGUACAGAUGUUCAUUGGAGAUGGAGCCAAGCUUGUGAGGGAUGCCUUCGCACUCGCCAAAGAGAAACAGCCAGCAAUUAUCUUCAUUGAUGAGUUAGAUGCCAUUGGUACCAAGCGUUUUGACUCUGAGAAAGCUGGAGAUAGGGAAGUACAAAGAACCAUGUUGGAACUCCUCAACCAGAUGGAUGGAUUUCAACCCAAUGCACAAAUCAAGGUUAUUGCUGCCACAAACAGAGUUGAUAUCCUUGACCCAGCCCUCCUCCGUUCUGGCCGCUUAGACAGAAAGAUUGAGUUUCCACACCCCAAUGAGGAGGCCAGGGCACGCAUUCUGCAAAUCCAUUCCAGGAAAAUGAAUGUCAGCAAAGAGGUGAACUAUGAGGAACUGUCAAGAUGUACUGAUGACUUCAAUGGAGCUCAGCUGAAGGCUGUGUGUGUUGAGGCAGGUAUGAUUGCUUUGAGGAGAGGAGCUACAGAGCUAGCCCAUGAAGAUUACAUGGAUGCCAUAAUAGAAGUACAAGCUAAAAAGAAGGCCAACUUACAAUAUUAUGCAUAGUGCUACAUAAUUAGAGACUUGAAGACCUUGAUAAGAUCAAGGAUUUGUGAUCCACACACAUCCAGUGCUUGUUUAUCGCAUGUUAUUGUGUGGAAAACACAAGACAGAAUCUUUAAUUUACAUGAGAUUCUGCUUAACAAGUGUUCAAUGAUUGUGACGUGGAGAUCUGAGAAAUAUGUAUUAUAAAGACAUUUUGUGACGUCAUUUACAAUUUCCAUGGUUUUAUAAUAAUGUCAUGUUGAUUGUAAUAAACUUCAAGGAAUAGA